GAGUGUGGUACGCCUGCUGGCAUGUUCGCAAACGGGAAACUAUAAUGUCCGCUACGGUUGGUAAUUCUAAGGUCGAUUAUCGUUUGAAUAAAGCGUUUCCGAACUGGGGUUAGUAGAAAACAUUUCACGGGACGACGGUGUAUCGUGGUCGAGCGUGUCGGCGGCACUCUGCGUUGCUAUUUUCUGUAAAAUUCGGCUCGGGAAAUCAAGUUCCGCGUUCGAAACCGUCCCCGUCGGGUGACGUUUACGUCCGAUCGCGGAAUGAGAGUCACGUUAAAGGUCUGUGUCCGCGAUCGAGUGAAAUCGUAGUGUUUUUCUUCACGCGUCCUUUUUUCCGAGUGAUUUUUUUUCGAAACAUGUCGUGACGCGGCGCUUUGGUUGGUGAUGGCCUCGACGUCGAAUUUUGAGGCGAGGGUCCUCAUGGCGAAGGGAAAACGGGCGACGGCGGCGUACAUUCACGCGGACUGCGCCGCCGAACGAAACCCGCAACACCUCAACGAAGUCCUGGAUAUUUUGCUGAACCCGUCGAAAUCCAUAAUCGACUGGGAGACCAUCGACUGGUGCAAAUGGCUCAUGGCGGGUGGCAGGACCCCCAACGAAUUCGCGAGCACAGUUCGAGCAUACGACAACGCCACCACGUGCGGCCUGGUAUGGACUCCGAAUUUUGUGGCGUAUCGGUGCCGCACGUGCGGCAUAUCCCCGUGCAUGUCUCUAUGCACGGAGUGUUUCAAAAAGGGCAACCACCAAAGGCACGACUUCAACAUGUUCCUGUCGCAGGCAGGCGGCGCCUGCGAUUGCGGUGACACCUCCGUCAUGAAGGAAACGGGAUUUUGCGACCGGCACGGACCCAACAAGGUGUCGAGCAAGGGCAGCGCGCCCACCGACCUCAUGUGCGUCGCGGAAGCGAUGAUGCCCAGGAUAAUCUUGAGGUUGCUGCAGCAUCUGAGGGAGAACAGCAGGCACAGUUCGCCGGACGGUUACAAGGAGGCUAUUCAGUUCGCGGACGCCUUCAUCACCAUGCUGUUGGAUUUCAACAACAUGGGGGGCCUCAUGAGGCGAGUGAUGACCUCGGCGCUCACGAAUCCUAAUAAAUACAAAAACCUGAACGAGGUGCCGGAGGAUCAGAGCUCCGAGUACACGCAGUACCUCGUAAAGUCGCGGCAGAUCUACGAGGAGGCGUUAAAAUCGCUUCCGAACCCGGAACCGUGCGACGAGCUCAAGGACUGCCUGUCGCUGCAACGGAACCUGGUGCACAGGACCUUCCUCGAGGAGUUGGUUUUUUGGACGGUCAAGUUCGAGUUUCCGCAGAAGGUCGUCUGUCUCUUGCUCAACAUGUUACCCGAUCCCGACUACAAGGAGGCUCUCACCCGCGCUUUCGUGCUCCACUACAGCCGCAUCAGCAUCAUGCUGGAAAAUUCCGCAGAUCCGGACACGCUGAGCAAUCGGGUGGUGCACGUGAGCGUGCAGUUGUUCAGCAACGAGAGCCUCGCGCUCAGGAUGACGGAACAACUGAACCUGCUCCACGUCAUGGUCAUCAGUUUGAAGUCCAUGAUGAGCAAAAUCCUCAUACGCAACACUUUGCACUAUCCGGACGCGAACUGUCAUUUCGUCGUGGACUGCGCCAAGUCGGUGAUGAAGGACCACUGCUACUGGCCUCUGGUGUCGGACUUGAACAACGUGUUGUCUCACCAUCCGGUCGCGCUCAAGUUCAUGUCGGACGACACGUUGUUGGAGAUGUGGUUCGGUUUCCUCGCCAUGUUUCAAGGGAUGAACGUGAACCAAAGGGAGCUGAACCAGCACAUCGAGUUCGAGCCGAACACUUACUACGCCGCUUUCAGUGCGGAGUUGGAGGCGAGCGCGUAUCCGAUGUGGGCCCUCGUCGCUCACCUGACCGACGAGGGUACCGCCCAUUUGACUAGGCGCGUGCUGUCCGCCUGCCUCCGCGAAUGGUACGACUGGCUGGACGCGACCAAUUACAAGGGUCCCAUCGUCGAAGACGGCAUGCAAGUGUCUUUCCACUUACCUCUGCACCGUUACCUCGCGGUUUUCCUUUGCCAGGGCGUCGCGAAGCAAGGUCUCCGGGUCGAAGAAAUUUUACCCUCGUCCGACGCUAUGUUGACUUUGUUAAUUAUGCACCCUCUGAGAGUACAGGUGGCGUUUUACGAAAUCCUCAACGGUCUGUGGGUACGGAACGGCCUUCAAAUCAAAGGCCAAGCGAUGACUUACAUCCAGUGCAAUUUUUGUAAUUCCAUGGUCGACGCGGACCUGUACCUACUUCAGAUCUGUUGCACCCGAAUCAAUACCGACCGCUUCAUAAAUAUGAUCAUCGAUCAGUUCCACGUCAAGGAAUUUAUGAGUCUCGUACCGUUCCGGAAUCACCAGAACCCGUUCUUCGAGGGCGAGCACGACAGCCCGAUGCUGGAGAGUUGUCUGACGUUUCUCGCCACUUUGGUCAGCGUGAGAACCAAUUUGGGGUUGCCCGACACGGUCCUUAACAGAUUGGAAAUGGUGACGUUGCUCUGCAUGGGCGACAAAACGCACUCGCAAUUGAUGGAACAGAUGCCCGAGAGGUGCGGCACUCAGAGUCGCGACUUCGAGGCCCUUUUGGCCGAAUGCGCCGAUUAUAGGGCCCCCGCGUUGGAGGCCAGCGGCAACAUGCAGCAGGGCAUGUACGUGCCCAAAACCAGCGUCUGGGAGAACCAUUACGAUCCCAUUCACGUGCUGCUAAGGGCCGUCCACCGGAGGGACUUUCAAAAUUCCAUCGACAGAUACACGGAAUACUGUCGUCAAUCGAACAAACUGAAACCCGGAGUGAACCCGUGGCCCCCGUUCCGGACUCCGGCCAAAGUCGGUUCGGGAUACAACGAUCCGCGGCACAUACUCACUUGGAAAGUGUUCCAUUCUGUCGCUUUCGUGGUACUUUACAAGGCGGUCAAGGGUCUGGUGUCCGAACACGUCAUGGCCCUGAUAAUUUUCCUGCUGGAGCAGGCGGUCAAUGUUACCACCGAAUCCGACGAGACCUACUCGAGGUUGUGUUCGACGACCCCCCGACACUCCAAGCUCCACCAGAUUGUCGAUCUGGACCUGUCCAAUUGGUUCGAGACCGGUUACGUGUUCGAUAAUUUCAGGACCGUCAUUCCGAAAGUUAUUUUCCCGACCACUGUGCCCGAUAUAGCACCCAUACCCAUAUUUUGCGGUUCGGAGAGCGGGGAAGACGACACGAAUUCGUCCGAUUCGGACGACGUAGUCAUGUCUUCGGGCACCCCGGACGAAGCCCUGAUGAUAGACAGUCCGCGGGAAGAGUGCGACCAGAUGACGGACGCCAUCGUGGUAUAUAGGGACGACUCGUCCUCGGGGGAGUCGGGUCCGCCCCGUUUGGCAUUGCCCGCGCCUCCCGACCCGGCGGAACCCAUGGAAGUCGACGACCGGCGGGUGGCCCUGCCCUCGGACAGGACCCUGGCGAGACGCACUCCCGAAAGAUUUCCUCCUCCUCCUGUCGGUCAGUUGCCUGCGUUGACGGCCGGUCCCUCGGGUGGCCCCUUGGUCCAUUGCCCGCCCAGAGUGGUUUCGGUCAGGAAGGCGGUAGCGUCGACAUCCCAGGCCGGCGCCCGGAAGAAAUUCGGCGGUUACAAAUCCAAAAGGGUUCACCGUAACGAGUACGGCGAGGACCAGCCGUCAGUCGAAGUGAACGAGAGCAUCAUAUCGUUGUUGCUAAAACUGCACUCGCAGCUGUCCAACAUGCCGGACAGUUUCGACCCGGACGACGACGAAAUCGACUAUUUCGUGUCCGGGGAGGACAAAGUUCCAUGCGGGGACGGUCCCUUUUAUAUCGGGAAAUUGUUGAAAAAAAUCGCGGGGUCGGACCAGGAAUGUUACAGACACGUGCAACAGACUAGGAGACGGUUGUGGCCCUCGCAGGAAGAGAACGACAACGCGAAAAAAUUGAAGGAGAAUCGAGAGAGGGAGGAGAGGCGACGCAGGGCGAAAGAAAGACAGGAAAAAUUGAUGGCCGAGUUUGCGAAAAAGCAGAACGAUUUUUGGAAACGGGAAAAGGAAAGGAUGGAGACCGACGAACAGUCGGAAAAUAUGGAACACGAGAGUGUGCCCGUCAGUAAGCAGGAGUACGACUGCGUGAUAUGUAAUAUAAGUUCACCCAGCACCGAAGAUAAGCCCAUGGGUCUGGUGGUUCUCAUCCAGGCGACCAGCGUGAUCGGUCACCGGAGGAGGUACGGCCAAUCGGAACGGUGGGUUUUGCCCACUUGCGACGAAGAGCGAGAGCAACUGCAGAGGGACGAGACCCUUUCGGCCGAGUUUAACAGGAGGGUUGAAGAGUUCGACAGGCAUUUUGAUCCGCAAUCGUGGUUUUUGUCCGUUAAUACGGGCUGGGACGGCGGCGUCCACGUGCAAACCUGCGGCCACCAUUUACAUUUGGACUGUUUAAAUUCCUACUUGACUUCGCUGAGAUCUCAACAGAGACAGCAGACGUUAUCUCCCGAAACGGGCGAAUAUUUAUGUCCGUUGUGUAGACAACUGGCGAACUCGGUCCUGCCUUUGUCCCCCCAAUAUGGAGACAAGUCUCAAAUGGUGAGGGCGCGUCCCAACGAGGGCAUGUCCCAAUUGCUAGAGGAGAUCAGCGAUUUUCUCAGGGACAACGAUCAGAAACCCAGCUCGUCGAAUAUGGCGGAGGCGAUCGGCAAAGUGAUGGAGGAUAUGUCGAACAGUAUCCAACUGAAGCCGCUGUUCAAGCCGAAAAACGAAAAACCGAUACCGCAGAGUUUGUUCCUGUUCGUCACGUCGAUAGCGAGGACGAAUCUGGAGGUGGAACUGGUGCAGAGGGGCGGAUCUUUGGUCAUACCGUCCGGCGAUUUGCCGAACCCGUUGCUGCCCAAAAGGGAUUGCAUAGUUCCUCUGCUGCACGUUUUGGCGGUGCACGCGCGCGUGGCCCGAAGCAUGGCGAUGUGGCCCGCGUGGACGACGUUCCAGAGGUUGUGCGGAAUGCCCGACAAAACGCCCGUAACCGCCGUCGCACCCGUAGAAAACGAAGUGCCGGUCCUCUUGAAGGACCCAGUCGCCCUCCUCUUGCAGUUCGUCCUGCUGCUCCCCCUACACUUGGAUCAAACUUACUUCACGGCCACCGUGCAGAUGGUGUACAAUCUGCUGUAUUAUCAGGUGGCGGCUCAGGUGUCUUGCGGGUUGACGGCGGCGGAACGCGCCUCCUCUGCCUCCAGGUCGACGGCGGACGGAGUCCGGGACCUGUGCGAAGCCCUGGGACUGGUCGACGAUUGUCUGGGAGACACCGACCUCUACAUGGACGACGAGGCCGAAGCGAACGGCGGCCGAUUGAACGUCGUCGCCCUGGAACAGCAGGUGCAGAGGUUAUGUUUGCCGUUCCUAAGGAUAGCGUCGUUGCUCAAAUACCACGUCUACCAACACGCGCUGCCCGAGAUCAGGACGGCUCAGAGCGAAUUCGUCAGUCUCGUCUACUACCUGGAACUGGUCACCGAGUCCAUGGACUGGGACCGUUUCAACGCUUCGGUCGCGUUGAAUUGGCCCAGCGACACCGACAUGUUCAGGGCUUCCCCGCAAUCGUGGUGUUACGAGUUCGCCUCGUUCGUGCAGAAGAGCCAGAUAGCGGCCCGGUCUUUUCUCGUCGACCAUCACGUGCUGUGGCAUCCGCCGCGGCUCCUGGCCCUGCCCAGAGAAUACGAAAAAAUAUUUACCUAUUACCACGAGAGGCCGUGCCGACAAUGUCACUCGGUCGCGCAGGAGACCAGCAUCUGUCUGCUGUGCGGCACCAUCGUCUGCCUGAAGCAGAGCUGCUGCAAGCAGCAAAACGUGUGCGAGGCGGUCGCGCACGCGCAAGAAUGCGGAGCGGGAACGGGAGUCUUUCUCGUCGUCACCUCCACUUACAUAAUCGUCAUCAGGGGUCAUCGGGCCUGUCUGUGGGGCUCACUGUUUCUGGACGAUUUCGAGGAAGAAGACAGAGACUUGAAACGUGGCAAGCCUCUGUACCUGAGCAAAGACAGGUACCAGCUCCUAGAGCAGCAGUGGUUGGCCCACAGGUUCGAUCACACGAAAAAGACGUGGGUGCAGCAUCGCAACGCCCUAUGAUACCCGAACGGGACACGUAACAAACAAAUUCUAUAUUUAUAAAGUUUCGAUGGACGUUUUUGUUUUGUUUUUGACUGUGAUAAGAAGAGACCGCCUCCAAUUCGGAACCGCCGCCGUGGUCAUCUUCUUUCGACUUUGUGUACAUAAUAAAUGUGUUAUAUAUAUAGACAAACGUCGCGGCCGUCGCUAAGCGUAUAUGCCA